UGCGCGCACACACACACCCACACUUCCAUACGCACUGAGGAUUAGAAGCGCUACAAAAGUGAAGGAGGACACUUAACAGUGUUCAGUGGAGAGUUGUACAGGAGUACAGGGCAUUCAGUUGUUAUUCUUUUUUCUUUCAUCGAGGGAACACACAAAAGGAUUUUUAAAAGCUGAACACAACCUAAGCAAUAAUGUGGAUACUGAAGACACAUCUCCUUUUGGGGGUUGUUGUUCUCUUUGGAAUAUUACAAAAUGGGACAUGUGACCUGCCACCUCCGACCAUCGUUCCAGAUAAAAAGGAAUUCGUGUUGGAGCUGAACUCCGUGUUUAACGUCACCUGUACAGGGAACAAGAGCGUCGUGUGGGAUGAGCCGUUACCAGUUAACACACACGUGCUGCCCGGAUUUUACACGUCCACGCUGCUGAUUGACGGCGCCGCGGGUUAUCAUACAGGGAUGUACGUGUGCGUUUACAAGACCCUAGAUGAAUACCAGUCAAACUUAGACACCAUGACCAGCAUCUCCAUUUUUGUCCCAGACCCUUACAAUCCAUUCGUUCCUGACGAUUCGGCAGAGGUCUCCCAGGAUUGUAUUCCUUGCCGUGUUACAGAUCCCCAAUCUGUGGUGAUUCUGCGGAGUUUACCAAGUGGAGACGUGCUUUAUUCUCACUAUGAGCAGAUGUUUGGAUUUAUAGGCAGCUUUCCUCCUGGCCAGUACGUGUGUGAGACCAGUGUGAAUGGUGAGGCAGUCCAAAGCAUGGUGUACAACGUGACGGACAUGCAAUUAUUAUCAGAUUACAUCUUAAAUGAGAUGAAGCUGGAUUUCAGUGUGAAUCUGACAUCCAGUCAAGAGGAGAUAAAAGAAGGAGAAGCCUUUAACCUGACCUGCACGGUUUCACCUGGUGCUCUGUAUGUCCAGCAAUGGGUGCAUCCCAGUAGACAGGCUGUAGGUGCUAUGCAGAAGAAGGAAACCUACCCUGAUAAGGUUUCGUAUAUCCUCAGUAUCCCACAUGCCUCAACAAAUGACACUGGCUUAUACGAAUGCUCUGUCACGGAGCAGUCGGUCGGACAGACCCGCUCCUCCCGAGUGACCGUCAUUGUCCAUGAGGGAUCUUUCGUUACUCUGGAUCAUAGUGGGAUCGGAGUAGAAGAAACCAUCUCUCUUCUAGAGGAAUCUGAAUUCACCAUUUACAUCCAUUCUGAUGCUGUUCCCAAGGUCACAUGGUCCAAAGAUGGUCUUGGAUUGAAUAGCCAUUUUGUAACCACCAAGACCACACUUCUAGCGGACAAAAGGUACGAGAGUGUUUUGGUUCUGCGACAUCCUGUCGAAGAAGACGGUGGAACAUAUAAGAUCGUAGCAUCAGCUGGCUCACAGACAAAAGAGUUCUCCUUCAAACUUUAUGUUAAAGCUGGUGAGCCCCAGAUAAUACAGUCCAUGCUGGCUCCGGUAAUCUGGCCCAGGAAAGAGACUAUGGUGGUAUUCCCUCACUCCAUCUUUAGACUCACAUGUCGGGGCCAAGCAGAAGUGGUCUGGGAUGGUCCCGUCCCUCUUGACAAGCAGAUGUUAGAUGACAAGAGAGGCCUGUUCGUCUCCACAGUGACGGUGGACAAUGCCAUGGCAACGCACACCGGAGAAUACACGUGUUACUACAAGAAUGAGAAUCAGACAGACCAGAGCAGCAUCUACAUCUUUGUUCCAGAUCCAAACAUGCCAUUUGUGCUUCCCCUGCCUCCCUUCGGACAGCACGUGCUGAAGAGCCCAGAGGAGAUGGAGAUUCCUUGCCGCGUGACUGAUCCGAGCGCCCAAGUGACGCUGUUCCAUGUGGAGGCUCAGCAGGCUGUGCCCGCCAUCUAUGACAGCAAGAAGGGCUUUCUGGGCAACUUCACACCUGGGACAUAUGUUUGUCAGGCCCUUGUGAACGGACAACAGCACGAGAGUGAGGAAUACAUUGUCCAUGGCUGGAUAGAAGUCUCAGGCGUGUACGUAGAGCUGAAGGCCGAGAAGAAGGCUCUGUUGGUUGGAGAAACCCUCGUAGUAAACUGUGUAGCCAAAGGCAGUGACUUACUGGAACAACAAUGGAAAUAUCCUGGAAAAAUGGCGGAUCGUGCUAUGAUGUCUCUAAAGGAGAACAAGAAGGAUCAGGAGAUCUAUUACACCCUAACUGUGCCUGAUGCCAGAACUAAAGACAGUGGAAAUUACGCCUGUUCCGUCACUGACGUUAUGAGCAACGAAAGCCAAACCAAGGAACUCACUAUUACUGUUUAUGAGACGGAGUUUGUGUCUCUAGUUCCGAUGUUUGCUCCUGUGGAAACCGCCAAGCUGAACGACGUUCGUGAGUUCCUAGUGAACAUUGAGGCUCUUCCUGAACCCAAAGUCACGUGGAUGAAGGAUGGUGUUGUACUAGGUGAUGUUGCUGCGGAGUUCACCACCUCCCUUCAGAAGAUCAGCGAGACAAGGUACCAGAGUACUCUCGCUCUGAUUAGAGCUAAGGCAGAGGACAGUGGCAACUACACGGUGCGAGCUGAGAUUGGCAACCAGAGUGCCAGCCAUAUGUUCAACCUUCAGGUCAAAGUUCCUGCUGUGAUUGUGGACCUGCUAGAUCUGCAUCAUGGUUCAGAAACGGGCCAGGCUGUUGUGUGUGUUGCCGGAGGAUCACCGGUCCCUGAGGUGGAGUGGUACAUCUGUAAAAACAUUAAGCAGUGUUCCAAUGACUCAAGUGAGUGGUCACCUCUUCAGACCAACACAACUAGCAUAACCAUUGAUACACACAUGGGCCAGGACAAUCAGUUGGAAAGUCAGGUGAUCUUUGGACAUCUGGAGAACACGAUAGCUGUGCGCUGCCUGGCACAGAACGAGAUGGUCGCUGUGUCCCGUGAGAUCAAACUCGUGGCCAACGGUCCACACUCAGAGCUCACUGUGGCAGCUGCUGUUCUGGUGCUGUUGGUCAUUGUUAUCAUCUCACUCAUUGUGCUGGUCAUUAUCUGGAAAAAGGAGCCACGUUAUGAGAUCAGGUGGCGUGUCAUUGAGUCAGUCAGUCCAGAUGGGCACGAGUACAUCUAUGUGGAUCCCAUGCAGCUGCCCUACGACACACGCUGGGAGUUCCCACGUGACGGCCUUGUCCUUGGCCGCAUUCUGGGCUCGGGGGCCUUUGGUAAGGUGGUGGAAGGCACCGCGUAUGGACUCAGUCGUUCUCAGCCAGUAAUGAAGGUGGCAGUGAAGAUGCUCAAACCAACAGCUCGCUCCAGUGAGAAGCAAGCACUGAUGUCAGAGCUGAAGAUCAUGACUCACCUGGGCCCACACCUCAAUAUUGUAAACCUGCUGGGGGCCUGCACCAAAUCAGGUCCUAUCUACAUUAUUACCGAGUACUGUUUUUAUGGAGACCUGGUGAACUACCUGCAUAAGAACAGAGACAGCUUCCUAAGCCGACCAGCUGAGAAAGGCAAAAAGGACCUGGACAUCUUUGGCAUCAAUCCAGCUGAUGAGAGCAGCAGAAGCUACGUGAUCCUGUCAUUUGAAGAAAAAGGAGACUACAUGGAUAUGAAGCAAGCAGACACAAUGCAGUAUGUCCCCAUGUUGGAGAGGAGCAACGCCUCUAAAUACUUCGACUGUCAGAGAGAUGACUACGAUCACCCUCCGUCUUACAAACACAUCAACGAAAGUGAGGUCGAAAAGCUUCUCUCUGAUGACACAGAGCGCUUGACCACUAUGGAUCUUCUUAGCUUCACCUAUCAAGUGGCCAGAGGGAUGGAUUUCCUGGCCUCCAAAAAUUGUGUUCACAGAGAUCUGGCUGCUCGAAAUGUCCUGCUGUCUCAGGGGAAGAUUGUGAAGAUCUGUGACUUUGGGCUGGCCAGGGAUAUAAUGCGUGACAACAACUAUGUAUCCAAAGGAAGCACCUUCCUUCCCGUAAAAUGGAUGGCACCUGAGAGCAUUUUUGAUAACCUGUACACCACUCUGAGUGACGUCUGGUCUUAUGGCAUUUUACUUUGGGAGAUCUUUUCUCUGGGCGGGACCCCUUACCCUGGCAUGGUUGUGGACUCCAGCUUCUAUAACAAGAUCAAGAGUGGCUACAGGAUGGCUAAACCUGAGCACGCCUCCAGAGAUGUUUAUGAACUGAUGGCGAAGUGCUGGAACAAUGAGCCAGAGAAGAGACCAUCGUUCUACAGUCUGAGUGAGAGCGUGGCCACCCUGCUGCCAUGCGGAUACAAGAGGAGCUAUGAGCGUAUAAAUAAUGACUUCCUGAAGAGCGACCACCCGGCGGUGACCCGCGUGCAGUGUGUGCAAAGCGACGAGACCUACUUGGGUGUGGCUUAUAAGAACCAGUGCAAGAUGAGGGAGCGUGAAAGUGGCUUCGAAGAGCAAAGGCUCAGCUCCGACAGCGGCUACAUCAUCCCUCUGCCCGACCUGGACCCCCUUUCUGACGAAGAAUACACCAAAAGAAACCGUCACAGCUCUCAGACGUCUGAGGAGAGCGCUAUAGACACGGGCUCGAGCAGCUCCACCCUGCCCAAGCGUGAAGGAGAGACUCUGGAGGACAUUACACUGCUGGAUGAGAUGUGCCUGGACUCAGGGGAUCUGGUAGAGGACAGCUUCCUGUGAGACUGAGACAUUGAGAUGAAAAGAGAGAAAAAGAGGAUGAGACAGACCCUUUUUAGCAAUUCAUCCAACAGGAGGAGGAGGAGAGAAAGGCUAUGACAUUAGCAUUAACACAAGAACUCUUCUGAAUAGCCCUUUUCUCUCUCCCACCUGUUCUCCGAACUCGUGCUCCCUUGCGACAUCCGCUGCCGCAGAAUCCUCCGAGGAAAAGAAAAGACUCUUCCCUGACUGGAAAUCCUGUGAAGGUCAUUUAGCAUUAAAGACAGCGUCCUCUAUUGGCUCAAAAGAGGAAUAAGGAAAUAAUCCAGAAUACUCACAUGUUGUAUAGAACUUUAUAAUUGAUGGGCAUUCAGAACAUUGAACUAAUCAAGCAGGAAUGUAUCCUAAGCAUACUAUUGUAUACUCCAUAACCAGUUCAUUUACAUACGAGUCAGUUUUCAACGACCACUACACCUGAAAUCCGACCCAACGCCGUUUAUUUCCUUUCACAUUCCAUGUAGUGCAAAUCGCAUUAAAAAGCACACAAUGUCUAGCUCCUGUAGCUGAUCGUACAGUAUACUGGCCGCAACGCAAUAAGUGCAGCAGUUUGAAUUUUAUUAUUAUUUUUUUUUUUUACAUAAUACUGAGCAUCAAUGUGUAAUAUUUUGUAAAUAAUGGGAAGGGAAGGGAAACAUUUUAACGGUCCUAAAUGAAGAAAAUAAUAAUAAUAAUGCAAUAAUGCGUAACGCAAGCCUCACAGCGUUGCAAUUUUGACACGUUGCAACAAAACCGUACCAAAGUGUGGACCAAAGAUUUAACUUUAAACUGCACAAUGUGUCAAAUGGAAAAAUGGCAUUAUAAGAUUUCUACCAGUGUUGUAGUACACAGGAACUGUGUUUUUACCCUGUGGAGUGAUGAUCGAAUCACUUGAGUGAGAUGAGAAACCUUGUGGUAGCUUGAUCAGCCUUGAAAGGACAAACGCUGACAAUAAGCUGGAAUGUUUUGACGCUGUGGAUAAAAUGAUGUAACCUAUUCAUCUAUAUACUGUUUCGAAUCAUCUAAACAACAUAAUGACUUUAUAUCAGCUGGUUUAGAUGUUGUACCCAAAAGCUUUUUUUUUUUUAAGCUUUAGCACAAAUAUUAUAGUAAUAUUGUAAAGAGAGGUGUAGAGAGACAGAGCACUGCAAAAUAAUAAUAAUAAUAAUAUAAACAAAAAAUAAAUAAAAAAUAACUUCAUAGAAAGGGAAAACUUCUUGAAUAUGGUCUAGUUGUUCCUAUUAUAAGAUCACAAUAACCCAACGAUUAUUAAACCUAGAUGUUUUCUGUUCAUUUUUAAAUAUUUUUUAACACAAAUUAGAAAAAAUUAAAAGUUGGUACUAAAUAAACAAAUAGAAAGGUUUAGUAAUAUUCUAUUUUUUUUAUUGUAUUCUUAUAACAGGAUUUUUAGAUGCAGGAUAUUUUCACUUGAUGUCUUUUUGAGUUGUUUCUAAAAAAAUGUUUAAAUUUUUUUUAUUAUUAUUUUUUUUUUUUUUUUGCAGGGUUUGUUGUAUUCAUAUAAUAUUACUAAUAUGCAAAAGAUGUUUAUUUUCAGACAAUAUCAACACUCUGUUCUGUUCCUGAGCACCGAUGCUAUGGGCAAUGCACACUAUGGGUAAAGGUCCAGCUUCAGUGCGUAUAUAACGUCUAAACCCCAACUGAUUUCCAUCUCACCUUCAUCGACUACAGUCGUCCUGAAGCAUGGUAGAGAGUCUCUGUGUAGUUAGUUUGAUGUUAUACAUCACUGCAUGGAUUAAAUGGCUUUUCAAUGUAUAGUUUUAUCGUCCAGCGAUCCACUGCCUCCCUCUGAGUGUAUAUCCACUGUGAUCUACUCGAUGGGCACGAAAAAAAAAAAGAAAAACUGUUGCACUUUUUAGACCCUUCUUCUUUUGUUGCUUUUAUCUGUCAUUGUAUGUUCGUUUUAAAGAGUUUAUAUUUUGAGCAAAUACAAUUCAUGCGAUUUAUGUGACUUUAAAAUGCUACAAUUUUCUGAAAAGUGGUAUGAAGAAUUAUACUCUAUGGUACAGUAUGUAUAAUAAUAGGUAGUUACUCACAGUACAAGCUGUUAUCCUCCUGUUCUAUUAUGCGUUAUGUCUAUGUCCAUUCAGAUGAUUUAUAUUUCAAUAAAUGAGAUUUAAUAAUGUGA